CCAUUAAAACGUCACUGUCUCUGUGUCUGUGUCUGUGUCUCUCUUAAGGUUGCAGAGAGAAACUCAGAAAAUGAAUAAAACUCGAUAACCCUUUCUUCUUCUUCCUGUAGAGUCUCAAUUCUCUGCUUCGCGUUCCACUGGGAUUACGCUGUUGAUAUUUUCCUAGGAUUAGGUUGCAAUGCCGGCAAAAAGUGAUGAAGAUCGGCAGUUAGACCAUGGUUCUCAGGGUGUGUUGCAGUCAACUGUCCGUACCCAGCCUUGGUGGCAUGGAGCUGGGACUGGAGCCUUAGGUGAAAGCACUCCCAAAUCUUCAAUUGAACUGCAUAAUGGUUCUGUUGCAAAUGGAGCUGCACAUGCACAAGGUUUAUGCUCCAAAUCAGAUGGGAAUAAUGGCCAAGAAAGUGAACAUUCCAAACAUGUGCCAUCAGCAAAAGUCCUUUCUAUGACUGAUCAUCCCAAACCAAAUUCUCAAAUGGAGCUAGUUGGUCACUCGAUCGUUCUGACACCAUUUCCUUAUUCGGAUCCACAGUAUGGAAUAUUGAAUCCCUAUGGUCCACAAGCUAUGUUACCUCCCCAGGUGUAUGGAAUGCAUCAUGCUAGAAUGCCAUUGCCCCUUGAAAUGGAGGAGGAGCCUGUUUAUGUGAAUGCAAAGCAGUAUCAUGGUAUCCUAAGGCGAAGACAGUCGCGUGCUAAGCUUGAGCUUGAAAAGAAAAUGAUUAAAGUUAGAAAGCCAUAUCUACAUGAGUCUAGGCACCAACAUGCAAUGAGAAGGGCUAGGGGAUGUGGCGGUCGUUUUCUUAAUACUAAGAAGCUGGAUAAUAACAGUGCAAAUCCCACAUCAGAGAAAGGGGUAUUUCUCGGUUCAACAGAAGGACAACAUGCAAAUGAAUGGGGCUCCCAGAAGGGCCCUUCCGGGCAAGGCUGGAGGCAUUUGCCCCUUUCAACCCGGGGUUGGGGAAAUCAUCACUUGCGUGGUGGUCCUCAGGCAAUUCAUUCUUGGCUUUGCAAACUUUGUGGGUGUUUGGAUGAAGAUGAGGAACUUACAAAAGGAGGAAAAUGUGUGAAUAUCAUGGUAUGUUCACUCUGCCUUCAGUUCCAGUGUCCCUUCUAUUCACCUUCUGUAAAUAUGAAAAAUUUAGAUGUGUAUAUGUUAAGAAGGAUUUGUUGUGAAUGUGGGAAGUUUCAGAACACAAACAUUUGACUAUUCUGAAUGUGUGAAGAUCCCUUUCUUCUGUUGUAAUGCAGCCAGACUGUUCAACUUUCUCUACUUUUAAUCAAAUGUUUCAUGCGGAAUAAUGUGAAAAAGUUGGUUUUCUUUUCUUUUAA